AUCAUUCAAUAUCAUCCAAUACACAUCUUUUUCAAUCAAAUAUCAUUCAAAUAUGCGUCUUUCUUAUCUUUAUCAUCAAUAUGUCACCUCAACUCUGUAAUUUCACCACCAACAAGAUUGUAUACCUUCUUAAGAAUGAUUAUAUGCCUGCUGAGAUCGUGCGAAGCAUUGAUUAUCACCUGUGUAUAUUGAAUUCAAUGAAAUCUUCACUGUUUUGAAACUGCUAGAGAACUCUGUUCAAUAUGUGAUAUAAAGUCAAAGAUCAUAUCAGAUAUCUCUUCAAUUCUGAAGAGAUUUGAUGGAGAUUUUGAAGCUUUUUUGUAUCAUACAGUUGAGAACUUCAUAAGAGAAAAAGAUAUAAAAGAAUAUUUCAGAUCUACUUAUAUAGAAUAGUAUUAUAAUAAUUAGAAAGAUUCAGAUUACAAUUCAUUAUAAUAUAAAUUUAGAAGUGAAAGCAGUAUGAGAUCUGUUCUCAUCACUAUAAAUAGUGGAUGGAAGAUUUCAACAGCGGAUUUGAUGGAAGAUUUCAACAGUGUAUUCAAUGGAAGAUUCAACGGUGGAUUCAAUGGAAGAUUUCAACAGUGUAUUCGAUGGAAGAUUCAACGGCGGAUUCAAUGGAAGAUUUCAACAGUGUAUUCGAUGGAAGAUUCAACGGUGGAUUCGAUGGAAGAUUUCAACAGUGUAUUCGAUGGAAAAUUCAACGGUGGAUUCGAUGGAAGAUUUCAACAGUGUAUUCGAUGGAAAAUUCAACGGUGGAUUCGAUGGAAGAUUUCAACAGUGUAUUCGAUGGAAGAUUCAACAGCGGAUUCAAUGGAAGAUUUCAACAGUGUAUUCAAUGGAAGAUUCAACGGUGGAUUCAAUGGAAGAUUUCAACAGUGUAUUCGAUGGAAAAUUCAACGGUGGAUUCGAUGGAAGAUUUCAACAGUGUAUUCGAUGGAAGAUUCAACGGCGGAUUCAAUGGAAGAUUUCAACAGUGUAUUCGAUGGAAAAUUCAACGGUGGAUUCGAUGGAAGAUUUCAACAGUGUAUUCGAUGGAAGAUUCAACGGUGGAUUCGAUGGAAGAUUUCAACAGUGUAUUCGAUGGAAGAUUCAACAGCGGAUUCAAUGGAAGAUUUCAACAGUGUAUUCGAUGGAAGAUUCAACGGUGGAUUCGAUGGAAGAUUUCAACAGUGUAUUCGAUGGAAGAUUCAACAGCGGAUUCAAUGGAAGAUUUCAACAGUGUAUUCGAUGGAAGAUUCAACGGUGGAUUCGAUGGAAGAUUUCACAGUGUAUUCGAUGGAAGAUUCAACAGCGGAUUCAAUGGAAGAUUUCAACAGUGUAUUUCGAUGGAAGAUUCAACGGUGGAUUCGAUGGAAGAUUUCAACAGUGUAUUCGAUGGAAAUUCAACGGUGGAUUCGAUGGAAGAUUUCAACAGUGUAUUCGAUGGAAGAUUCAACGGUGGAUUCGAUGGAAGAUUUCAACGGCGGAUUUGAUGGAAGAUUUCAACGGUGGAUUCGAUGGAAGAUUUCAACGGCGGAUUUGAUGGAAGAUUUCAACAGUUGGAUUCGAUGGAAGAUUUCAACAGUGUAUUCGAUGGAAGAUUCAACGGUGGAUUCGAUGGAAGAUUUCAACGGCGGAUUUGAUGGAAGAUUUCAACGGUGGAUUCGAUGGAAGAUUUCAACGGCGGAUUUGAUGGAAGAUUUCAACAGUUGGAUUCGAUGGAAGAUUCAACGGCGGAUUCGAUGGAAGAUUUCAACAGUGUAUUCGAUGGAAGAUUCAACGGUGGAUUCGAUGGAAGAUUCAACGGUGGAUUUGAUGGAAGAUUCAACAGCAGAUCUGAAUGUGGAUGAUAAUGAGAUUGUGAAUUCAGUUCUUCUAUUCCUUUCAUCAUAUAUUUCAUCAUCAUCACAUUGAUUAUCUCACUUGAGAAUGCCAUAUUGAAUGAAGUUGAAGCUGCCAGAGCUGAAGAAGAGAAUAUAAUCACUGACAUUUGAGAGAUCUGUAUAGAAGAAUUGAUUGUAGAAAUUAUAGAUUCAUUCUUCUGAUUCUUCUUCUUCUUUCUACUUAUUAAUCAUUUUAUCAUCUCUCUUGUUCUUUAUCUCAUUGAUAAUCACCCGUUCAUACAAUCUGUAUGAGAUCU